UUCUUCAGGGGGGCUCAACAACAUUUUUCUUUAUUUUUUUUUGAACAAAUCUACACAAGUAGUGUAGGGCAAACUUGUUCUUCUUCUUCUUCUUCUUCUUCUUCUUCGAGUGAUGGGGAAACUUGUUGUUGUUGUUGUUCUUCUUCGAGUGAUGGGGAAACUUGUUUUUGAAUUCACAAGACAAAAUACGCUAAUGCAUUUCGAGUUUUUUAGGGUCAAUAACUCUUUCCAACUACAGAAACUAAGAUUAUUUCUAUGAGACAUUUGGGUCUCAAAUUUUUGUUAUUUUUCUUAUUAAUGAUAGAGCCAAUUUGGGAGAAAUGUUGGAGAUGCAACGAAUUAUCCACAAAUGGCUUCUUCCAAUUCAUUGUGGAAAAGGACUAUCUUCAAAAUUUCAUCUCUAUAGAAACCAAUACCAGUUGGCUUAUAUCAAACAAUCAAAUAUGAUUUCAGAUGUGAUACAACAUUAAUUCACCCGGCGUACAAUUGUCAUUCAAAUGCAUCGUGCAUUGGAGCACCAUAUUAGUCAUAAAUUUUCGAUCCUAUCUAUGGAUUUCCACCAAGAUUUCCUUAAAUGGGUGCAAAUUAUUGAAAUACUUUGUACAAAGCCUUCAAAAGGUUCAAACCCUUCAAUAGGGCAACAUUGGUGGAGUUUUAUUUUUCAUUUUAUGAGGCGCAGAUCUUUUAAGUUCUUGUUCGCCUUCGUCAAGGAUAUCUUGGUAGUUAUGCUGUUGAUUUGCUACAAAAUCUAUAGAAUUAAUGUCAACCAGUGAGCAUAGAAGAAGUGCGCGAAUAUAUGAACUCAAUGCGCAAAGAUCUCAGCAAACAAAUAGUCAAAAUGAGGAUAAUCAGACUUGUGAGACGGCAAUAGAGGAUUUGAGUACUGGAGAUAGGGACUUUAAUCUAAAGCGAGGAAAAAAAAAGGUCAAGACUAGAUCUAUCCAAGAUUUGAUUAUGGACACAGCUGCAUAUCAGGUUGGAAACUCUGGCAAUGAAGACCAUCAUACAAAUUCUGUUGCUACAUCAACUGGACCUGGAAUUGAUGCAUCCAAAAAAAGCAAGCUUGAACUAUUACUUAGUAUUUUGAAGAGGAGGGACUCCUUCGAAAUAUUUGCAGAGCCAGUAAACCCAGAUGAGGUCAAUGGAUAUUAUGAUACCAUAAAAGAGCCAAUGGAUUUUGGGACAAUUUCAAGAAAACUUGAUGGUGGAAGCUACAAGACACUAGAGGAAUUCGAGCAUGAUGUAUUUUUGGUAUCCAACAAUGCAAUGGUUUUCAACGCUUCGACUACAGUAUAUUAUAGACAGGCUCGAGCUAUUAAGAAUUUGACACAAAAGUUAUUUUUUGCUCUCAAAACUGAGCCUGAGAACUUUGAAAGCGAAAUUUCCAAAAUGAGGCUACGAGGUGGAAGGGCAAUAAAAAGAGAGAUGGAGAUUUCAAAUUCUGGCGAUCAAUCAAACAGCAGGAUAAUUUUGAAAGGUUGUGAGGAAGAAAGACUUGGAGGAGAACAAAAUGUAAACAAUUGGAAUUUGGAGUCUUUUCUCAAUGAGAAUAAGUCAAUUGUACGUUCAAUUUAUGAGAGCCCGGAACAUUUGAUUACAACUAUGGAGACUAUUCCAGAUAACAUCAGAUACAACGACAGUUUGGCGCAAUUUUCUAAAGAUAUAGGGUCUUAUGCUGAAAUAAUUUCUGGGAAGAAGUUACAUAGGUGCACCUCCACUGAAGAUUUAAAUCAUCAGUUUGAAGUCCCUAAUGUGGCAUCUGGACACAACAGUGCUGUUAACAGAGGACAUGUUCAUUUUGGUGCGUGUGGUGGGGAACCAAUCCAUGUAGCUCAAAAGCAUGAGAUUCACCUAGAAAUUAGUGGUCCUAACUUCACUGGAAGCAAUGCAUACAACACAUCCAACAGAUAUAUCUCAAAUUCUAUCAACAAUGAUAAUGUUAUUCAAAAGACAGACUUGAGUUCUUCAUAUUUGAAGGAAAAUCUUAGCUACCAGAAAAGAAAAUUCAGUGAGUUUGUGAGAGAUGAGGUGAAAAAUUCUUAUCAAGAUGGGAUCCCUACUUCAACUUGGAACACAGGCAGUAACGACGAUGUAUUUAUCUCAAGUUCUAUUAACAAGAGUAAUGACAAUGUAUUUAUCUCAAGUUCUAUUAACAAGAGUAAGAAUAUCCAGAUGAUAAAGGCAAGUACUUCAAACCCUGAGCAAACUCUUACUGAUCAACGUGAAAAGUUAAUGGAUGUUAUGAGAAAGGGUAAUUUUUGUAAAACAUUGAGCCCUAGCCAACGAGAAAAAAUCAUCUCGAGUUGUAUCAAGCAUUUCCAUAUGGCUGAGGCAAUUUCUUCAACUCCCAAAAGUACUCUAGGUGGCAUAAACUUUAUGGAAGCUAUAAGAGAAGGGGAUAACAAACUCUCUCAAGGUGAAUUUUCUACAACAUUGAAUGAGUGCAGCAACCAAGACAAGUUCUUUUCUAGAUCUAUUAACAAGGGUAAGAAUUUGCAUGUGGCAGAGGCAAUUUGUUCAGAUUCCAAGAAAAUUCCAGCUGAUCAGCUCGAAAAAUUCAUGGAUGUUGUGAUUGAAGGGGAAAGCAAAUCCUAUCGAAGUGAAUCCCCACAGGUUUCUACAACAAGGUACACAAGCAGUAAUCAAGAAAAAAUGAACUUUUCUAUGAAUAAAGAAAAACAUUUCCAGAUGGCAGAAGCAGCUUCCUUAAAGCCCAAGCAAUUUCUUGUUGACCCACACAGAGAAUUUUUCAAAUCUACGAACAAGGAGGGGAAUUCCUCGAAGAAUGACAUAUCUGACCAAUCCAUUCAGUGUUCUAAUUUUUCCCCUGCCUUAACAGAUGCUGGUAAUUUAUACUUUUCUGGUGCAGAGAGCAAACAAUUUAUCCCAAGUGCUACUAGUGAGUGUAAAAAUGUCCCAAUGGCAGCCAUGAACUCUGUAAGUAUGCUGGAAACUGUUGGUGAGAUCAUUGGCGAAACAACUCAAUCCUUGAGUGUUGGGGGCAAUGUGUUCCAGGAGCAUAUGGCUAAUCAAGGAACUGGUAAUGAUUUCUUCUCCACUCACUUACUUGUAGGUGAAGAUUUGUGCAUCGUAAAUCCAUUGAAUGUCUGCACCAACCUUAUCCAGUUCAUCCCGUCUAUGAAUAAUAGUGUGAAUGUCCAAAUGCCGGAGAGUAAUGGUGGAAAUUCCAUCCCUACUGCUAUGAAUGAGGGUAUGAAUGUCCAGACAAUAUCAACAGGUCCAAUGACACAAGGCACUCUAUGUGCUACAGGUCAUGGUGUUCCGCCAUCUGCGCACCAGCAGUUGUUUUCCCCACCUAUAACUGAGUCAAACUGUAACCAAGCUCCCCUUAUACCAAGCUCAGAUGUAAACUUCCCUUGUGGGUUAAAUAAACUCAAAACUGUUGGUAAUGGAGGUCAGCUAUUGCAGGUAGAACAAACUUGGAGUUGGCGACAACCAAUGCAGCUGCAAUCACCGCCCAUUGUACAUUCUUCAAUGCAAAUGCAACCAAGGCCACCUCUUGUUGAUUUAGCCAAUCAAACUACACCCUCACAAUGGCAAGAUCAAAGUGCGUCUGUCUAUAAUAAGUUGAUGAACUUUCAACCAAUACCCAUCUUCGCUUCUUCGAUACAGAUGCAGUCAAUGCCGCAUCAAGUGGAUUUAGCAGGUAAAACUGUAUCGUCACAGUGGCGAGGUCAAGGAACUGAUGUUGCUAAUGAGCAGGUAACGCAGUUGCAUCCCCCUCCCAUCUCUGCUUCUCCAAUGCAGAUGCAACAAAAGCCAAACCAGGUAAACUCAGCAGAUCAAGCUGCACCCUCGCAGGGGUGAGGUAAGGGAAGAAAUCUUGAAUGGAGCGUUAAGGUGUUGCUAAGAGCUGAUCAAUUGUGAACUGAGCAAUGAAUAAAAGAUGUAAAACUUAACAAACAUCGCCAUUUAUGAUAUUAAGCAUUUCCUUUUUUUCCGUUGUGUGUUUGCUUUGUUUUCUUUGGAGUACACAAUAUUUCAUCUGGAGCUUCUUAUUUAAAAUUAUGAGAUGAACUUACAAUUGUGUUGA